CGCCGCCUGCUCCCGAAACGCGCUGGUUUGGACAAAGGCUUGAUUGCUGGGAUGGCUGUGAUGGAGGAUAAGUGAGAGGAAAGAGCUUUCUGCAGCUCCUAAGUGAUGCCCUUCACUGAGAGAGGCAUCGGCCGUUGAUCUGUGUGCAGCCCUUCUGUGUUCACAGGGUUCUGCAGUGCUUCAGGCAGCAAGUGUUGAAUCAGGAUGGGAAAAAGACGCUGUGUUCCUCCACUUGAGCCCAAGUUGGCAGCUGGCUGUUGUGGGGUUAAGAAACCCAAAUUGUCUGGGAGUGGAACACACAGUCAUGGGAACCAGGCCACAACUGUACCAGGCUCAAGUUCUGGUCCUCUUCAGAACCACCAGCAUGUGGAUGGGAAUAAUGGAAGGGAAAAUGUAUCUGACUUGACUUUGGGUCCUGGAAAUUCCCCAAUUACUCGAAUGAAUCCCUCUUCGGGAGCUCUGAGCCCACUUUCCCGACCCAAUGGAACUGCCAACAGUACCAAGAACCUGGUGGUGACAGCGGAGAUGUGCUGCUACUGCUUUGAUGUACUCUACUGUCAUCUCUAUGGUUUCCCUCAGCCACGACUUCCUCGAUUUACCAAUGACCCCUAUCCACUCUUUGUGACGUGGAAGACAGGGCGAGAUAAGCGGCUUCGUGGCUGCAUCGGAACCUUCUCAGCCAUGAAUCUUCACUCAGGACUCAGGGAAUACACAUUAACCAGUGCACUUAAGGACAGCCGAUUUCCCCCCCUGACCCGCGAGGAGCUGCCUAAACUUUUCUGCUCUGUCUCCCUCCUCACUAACUUUGAGGAUGCCAGUGACUACUUGGACUGGGAGGUUGGGAUCCAUGGGAUCAGAAUAGAGUUUAUCAAUGAGAAAGGUGUCAAACGCACAGCCACGUACUUACCUGAGGUUGCUAAGGAACAAGACUGGGAUCAGAUCCAGACCAUAGACUCCUUACUCAGGAAAGGUGGAUUUAAGGCUCCGAUUACCAAUGACUUUAGGAAAACAAUUAAACUCACCAGGUACCGUAGUGAGAAGGUGACAAUCAGUUAUGCAGAAUACAUGGCUUCCCGUCAGCAUUGUUUCCAGAAUGGUACUCUUCAUGCCCCGCCCCUCUACAAUCAUUACUCCUGACACACGGCUGCAUGACCAGUCCCGCCCCCCAGUUGCUGCCAAUGGCUAUGACAUCAUUGGGGCAGAUGCCUCCUCUUCCUGGUCCAGUUACUUCUAUUACUGCACCAUUUUAUGAUGCUAGCUUCCGUUGCCAAGUCUGCCUUCCAGCUGACCUGGGGGGGAUGAUACGAGCGUGAUAGAACUUCAGGGGCCCAAGCCUUAUCUCAGCCUUCCCUCAAAAUGGGGGUUCAGUUGGAUUGGGGCUCCACGACUAGGAAUUGCAACGAGGUGUAGAAGACCUCUGGGAGCAAAAGUGCCACUUCAGACUGCUCUGCCCUUGUGCAUUACCUACACUCUGGAAUCUUAAAUUGUUAAUGACGAAAGUACCCCAGAUUGAGGAGGAAUAUUCCCCUGGCAGUCUGGGCAACGGAGUCCAACAAAACAUUUCUUAGGUUAUUUUAAAUUUUUUUUAACCUCUGGUAUCUGUUGUGUACCAAGAGCUGAUUACGGUCCCCACACAUCACAGGCGGACAUCAUGUUAAAGGGAGGACGUCUGGAUAGCACCCCUUCUGGACAGAGACCACUCAAAGAUGUGAAGAUCCUUGGGAUGAUAUUGCAAAUGAAACCAUUAUUUAAACAGAUCUUAAAAUUUAAUUCUCAAACCCUGCUGUUGAUUGGAUUCUUCAGUACUCUUCUGGUUCAUGUUGUGUGCUGGGUUUAGACAGCGUGUUGUGAUGUAGCCUGCUACAGAAUAGAAUGGUAAUGCCUGCAAGAAGGCAAAAAGUGACACAGUGCGUGUGAGAAUGGUGAGGUACAUGGGUUUCCCUGAGAAAUCCUGUUUCAGUUAGUUUCCUGUCUUAAACAUAUGUAGCGGAGCCUACAUUGGAUGGAAUGUGGGGCCCUUGGAGGGCAAUGCCCAUAGUCAUACAAGUACAUCUAGUAUCUGGAAUUUAAUUCAAACAAAGGGUUGUAGGGACCUUCUUUUCAACAGGACUGCCAUUUUCUGCAGUGUGACUGUAUGAAUCUAAUAUUUGAGUUGUCAAUAUUCCAAUUCUUAGCAGGUCUACCAAAUAAAGCUAUAUAGUUUAGCUUCUAAGUCGGUGUCUAAUACAGUUUAGUCAUUGCCACACCAAGGCAAAUUUAAAAGAGAAUAAAUUGGUUUUACCCCCAAACUAUUCAAUGCAGGCACACUUUGUAUUUCCUCUCUCAUUACUGAUGAUUAGAAGAUAUUUGCCACUAAGUGGAAGAUGCUUCUUAUGCAGUUCUCCCAUUCCCUUUACAAAAGUCAUAGAAGUGUCAUGAACAUUAAAUGAAGGCAUCCCUAAAAGUGAAUUUGAAGGAACUGCAUAAUCAUGAUGUAGAAUUCUGGCAAAUACCUGGAUAAUCAGUAAUGAUGGUCAAAGAAAAUACCUAUUAAGUGCAUAGCAGACUAAUGGAUAGUUGAUUGCCUGUAUGUAGUAAUAGCUUUUAAAACUGGUGGAUAUUCCAAGCCAGACAUUCAUACAAGUCCUCUCCUGGCAUGGCAGGUGGGUGUGUAGGAAACCUCAGAACUGUGCAUGCUGUUCCUUCUAACCCACAAAGAAGUGAACAAAACCCUGCAGUUUUGCUCGUCGUCAGUGUUGCAUUCUGUUGUUCUUGGGGGACGUAGAUGUGAGGGAAAGGAGGGGGUCCUGUUCUGGAUAACUGUGCAAUAUUGACCCAGCUGUGUUUCUGUACUGGGUUGUUCUUCUGAAUUGCCACUUUUCCCUUGUGAUGUUGUUGAAACACAUUUGAAGAUGAAGGGAUUGUUCCAUGAUUUCCUGCUGCUGAGAAUAAAUCAGUCUUGUUACAAACUAGAGUGAUUUGUAAUUACUCUCCCAGGUGCCGUGGACUGAUGGGGAGGGGUGGGGUCAGCUCUGGACAUACCAUUCACUUUUCAGCUGUCAAACAGGAUUAUACAUAGGGCUACACUCAUUACUGUUCAAGUGUUCUAUGUUAGAAUUUUAUUUCUAAAAGAUUUAAAAAAAGCAAAAAAAUUGGUGCUAAAACUUCACCCCUGAGCACGCUCAGUGAGACUGGUCAUGCAGGCAUAUAGUGCCAGGCUAUUCAACUCUGUUGUUUCUUUUUUCAAAUGUUUGCCCUGUUCUGUGUCUCCAACAGUGUACAGUGUUUCCUUUAUUUUAUUUUGUUUUAAUAGGGGGAAGAGUAGGGGGGUGGGGGAGGGGUAGCUGUCAUUUUAAAGAACAGAAUUUUAGGAUCGAGUGACCUGGUUGGUUUUAAGCCUAGCAUUAGACUGAAGUGGGUUGAAUUGUUUUGGAUUGGGGGAGUUUUACCCCUCCCAGUUCCAUCCCCAACCCAGCCUCUAAAAAUGUCUCUGAAGAUGGACCAUGUUCUUGUCUUGUUGCAGUGAGUGGAAAAGCAAGCAGAACAGGGAAUGCUGGUCUGCUCUCUGAGAAGCAGACAUCCUCAACUUCAGUCCCAGAGGGGUCUGAUUAUAAGUCAGUUGAAAAGUGCCAGUAGUUACGUCAACUCUGAAAAAUGUAUGGCAGGGACAAGUGGUUCUCAGGAAAUAAUCCCAUUUCUGGAUCAUUAUGUGGCAGUUAUGCACAGAGAUAAGAUGAGUCUGUAAUGAAACAUACUGUCUUUUAGUUGUCUGACAAGAGGGAGACAACCAAAAUAAGUGACCAACAGGAUUAAAGAAUUUGUCUGCCAUGUCCCCUUGAGUUGCUGCAUCACUUGGCUGGAUAGCAGGUGAAAAUUGCUUGCUUAAAGUCCAAGCAAUAGUGAGUUGGUUUGGUUUGGAGUUGGCUCAUCCUUAACAGCAAGUGCCUUUUGAUCUAGAAGGGUUUGUUCUCAUGAAAACCAUAACUGGGAAGUUCUCACUGCAAUUUUGAAUUGUCUUUGUUUUACAGUAACUACAGGAGAAUGUCUUUGAUCACUGGAGUCUGUCAGUGUUGGAAUGUUUUCACUGUGAGGUUCUUAAACUUUUCCUCUUCAUAAUGUUAAACAGCCAAUCUCAAAAGAGGCCAUUUCAGUCUGAAAGGUUUUAUGGUCAAAAUAUCACAUAUCUACAAUUUAUAAGAACAAAAAUCUGUAGAGAAUCCUGAAAGUUCAUUUUAACUUUUGCACAGGAUUUGUUUUUCAUAAUGCAUUAACUCUGCAGUCUUCACUGACUAUUAGUGCUGUUUCUGUUUGUGUUCUGGAACCUACAUGUUCAUUUUUUUGGUUAACUUAAUUUUAUUUCCUUAAAGCAAGAGACCUCUUUUGACCUUCAGUGCAGAGAUGUCAGACCAAUUCUUUGUAUUACACUUGGUUGCCUCCUACCUAUAUAACUUCUGAGUGUAAAUCAUUGAACUCUAUCCUCUAAUGAAGUAUUGUAGAGAAUAAAUCAUAAUGGAUAAAGA